AGAUUCAAUUGCAGAUGAAGAGGUAUGCUGUUGGUUCUUUCUUGCAGUUCCAGCUGAGCGAUCAAAACUCGGUUGUGUAGUUACUUUCUCUUCUCCGCCAGCAAUGGAUUCUCGCGCCAAGUCCUUCAAUCCUAGCAAGCAUCUCAAAGAAGAAUUCGUCAGCAAUCUGACGGGAUCGUCGAUGCUCGAGAUCGCUGCUCUCUCAACCAUCGUCCCCGUUGUUGUGCUUCUGCGACACUCCCUCAGCUCUCGCUCUCCAUCCGACCUCGGUCACAAGGAUGCCUCGUCAAAGAGAAACCGUGACUCAUUAGCUUCACCUAAGAGCUGGAGGGAUUACAUGGCGACAUUGACAAUGGAUUACCUAUGUAUUAUUGUCCCCAUACUGUUAUCUUUUACUGUUCUAUCAGAGUGGACGUACUUGUCAACAAUUUUGUUAACAUUUUCUCUGGUUCUAUCUGCAGCAAUCGAGAGUAUAGGACAGGAUGCUUUCCUGCACAGCUGGCUUGAGAGGAUGUCUUCUAUUUUGUUGCUGACCCAAGUAUUGAUAGUUUCAUGCAGAUUUUAUUCUUCUCUUCCUUCAAGAGUGGCACCUAAUUCUUUGAGGACAGAUAUUUCAUUGUACAGGGUUUGCAUGAUGAUCGUGACUUGUUUGUGUAUCUUGGCUGUUGACUUUAGAAUAUUCCCGAGGAGAUAUGCUAAAACUGAAACUUUUGGCACUGGAUUGAUGGAUCUUGGUGUUGGUUCAUUUGUGCUGGCAAAUGCUUUGGUGUCAAGACAAGCUCGAAAUAUUUCAUCUAUGAAUCUGAUGACAGCACUAAGAAAUACCAGUCCUCUAAUUGCUUUAGGGUUUGGACGGCUUGUUUCUACAGCUGGUGUAGAUUAUCAGGUUCAUGUCGGUGAGUAUGGAGUGCACUGGAAUUUUUUCUUCACCCUUGCUGCCGUCUCAUUGCUAACCUCUUUAAUAAACAUUUCCCCCAAGAAUUGCGGGAUACUAGGUUUCUUUAUUUUGAUAGGCUAUCAAAGUUGCCUCAUACAGGGGUUAAACUUUUAUCUAAUUUCCAGUGAAAGAGGUUCCAGCAUCAUCAGUCAGAAUAAGGAAGGAAUAUUCAGCAUUUUUGGAUAUUGGGGCAUGUACCUUGUUGGCGUUCAGUUAGGCAAUUAUCUCUUCUUCGGAAACCAGACCUCUGCUUCACAGAGAGGCAAAGAAUGGGCAAGAAGAAGGGUCUGGAUUAUUGCACUUCUAUUCUGGUUAUUGACAAUACUUUUGGACAGGCAUGUUGAACGUGCUUCACGUAGAAUGUGCAACCUGGCUUAUGUUACUCUUGUGUUGGCACAAAACUUUCAGGUAUUAGCCAUACUCAUGCUCUCUGAUUAUGUUGGUGGGAGCAAAAGUUCAAUUCUUGAAGAUGCAUUCAACCGGAAUUUACUGGGUUCAUUCCUCCUGGCAAAUGUGCUAACGGGUGUGGUUAACUUGUUUUUCGAGACUCUGUUUGCGUCACCACUCACAUCCCUAGCCAUCUUAUUGCUUUAUGCCUAUGUUUUGUCUGUGAUCACCGGGACUUUAGAAUUUUACGGCAUUAGGCUAAAGUUUUGGUAGGGAAUUUUACUUUGAUCCUAUUUGUUUAUAAUUAUUUAGCAUGUUAAAGUCUCAACUUUCGUGCACUUGGCACCCCUGCAUUGGGAAAGUUCCACUGCUAGUAACAUUGAAUGGAUUGUUCUCUUCACACUGAUCGAGAUGAGAAGGUAAACAAAAAAAAAAAAACCAAAUCGAAGAGGUCAGAAGCUUUGGUGGUCACAUGGAUUUGCCUGCAAGUCUCUGACAAGGUUGGACCAUAAUUGUCCAAAGAAGGUCGACCACCAGCACGACCACCAGCCCCACCACCUCAACGCGCGCGCGCACUUCAUCAGUCUUCUUUUCCUCUAUUAAUAAAGAAUCGAACAACAAUGGAAAUAGGAAAAGGGGCUACAAGUCCCACUGUUUUUAAGCCUGCAUCUUCUCUCUCUCUCUCUCUCUCUCUCCCUGAAGCGUACGGACAUCGUCGUUGACUCUGCCUAUGUGGUUCUGAAUCUUCUGAUGCGUAGACAAA